GUUUGCAUCAAACUCUCUUUCAUAUAUAGAUAGAACUCACUCCAUUUAUAUCUCUCUAUUUCUUGCAACAAUUAGCAAUUAUCCAAUUGCUGCAAGAUUAAUAGAGUGCUAAUUACACAAAAUUGCAAUCUACUUGAGAGAUUGCCUCCUGAAUAUUAUUCAUUUCAUCAAUUUGAUCAUUAAUAACGACGAUUCUCAAUCUGACAUUGUAUACAUUUUCUCCUCUGCAACGAUUUACAAAGAGGUGAAAUGAAUUACAAAAAAGAGGAAUGUUUGGAGAAGGCAUUGCCUCUUCCACCUCCAUUGCCCUCUCACAAAAUAGGGUUGUUAAUAAGUGGAGUCAAGAGGAGGGAGGGUUGCAUCUGUGCUCGUAGUGCUGCAAAUAAUUCGGAUCGUCUCUUCGAUGAGGCUUAUCGAGCUGAUAUCUCCAUCUCGACUGACGAUGGUGGCGUCAUCUACGCACAUGCCAGUAUUCUUGGCGUGGCUUCUCCAGUCUUCAAGGCUAUGCUAACCAAAUCGAAAGGCAGAGGUCAGAGAAAACGGCGAUCAAUACCAAUUCGUGGAGCUCCAUCUGAAGCAGUUCGUGUUUUCAUCCGGUUCUUAUAUUCAUCGUGCUUCGAAGAAGAAAAAAUGAGGACAUUCGCACUGCCCUUGUUGGCGCUGUCACAUGCAUAUGCCGUUGGGGAACUAAAGCAUCUAUGUGAGCGUUGGCUGGAGACAAAAUUGAUGAACAUCGAGAAUGUAGUUGAUAUCUUUCAACUUGCUUUGCUGUGCGACUCUCCCCGGCUGAGCAUCAUGUGCCAUCGCUUCAUUGUAUCGAAUAUCAAGGCAGUAGUAUCCACGGAUGGGUGGCAGGACAUGAGAAUGAGCCACCCAGUCCUAGAAAAGGAACUAAUCGAGUCUUUGACGGAUGAAGAAGCUAUACGAAAGAUCAGGAAGAGGAAGCAGAAUGAGAGGAAUAUAUACAUGCAGCUAUACGAAGCAAUGGAGGCGAUAGUUCACAUAUUCAGAGACGGAUGUCGGACGAUUGGGCCACACGAUAAGGCCCCACGAAAUGAUCAAGGCCCCUGCGAAUACCCGGCUUGUACGAGCCUUGAAACACUCGUCCGCCACUUUGCUGGUUGCAAGAUGAGAAGCUCCGGUGGAUGCAUCCAUUGCAAGCGAAUGUGGCAAAUCUUGGAACUGCACUCGCAUCUUUGCCCUACCCCGGAUGGUUGCAGCGUGCCAUUGUGCAGAAGUUUUAGGCAGAGGAGGAGGAGACAGAGCAAGAAAGAAGAUGUUAGAUGGAGAAUUUUGGUGAAGAAAAUAGUGAGAUCAAAGAGUAUAACUGGAGGCCCUUUUCUCUCAUUGGAUUCAACAUAAUACAAGGAAUUGAAGAUGAGAAUACAUAAUCAUUCUAUUUUUCAUUUUUUGAUUCAUAUUUUGUGAUCAAGAAUUGAUGCCAUACCUUACCAAUUAUAUAUUUGUAUAUAUCCAUUCUUUA